AGACAUAUAUCUUCUGUUAAGCGAACAUGGUAGCAGUGUGCAGCAUGCAUAGAGAAUACGAGCGAGAAUACGAACUAGGCAAACAUGGCUGCUGUAAGGAAUGGUUUAUUGAUAUGUUCGAAUUUUCUUUUAAAUAGCACAAAAUUUGCAACAUGUGAGUUCCAGCAAAUACGUAACAAAUAUGUUGGUCGGUGGAUGAAACGUGAUAUUAAACGAAGAAAAAUGGCAGAAAAAUAUGCGGAAGAACGACUGCGACUUCUGGCUAUAAAAAGAAAUAAUAUUUUGCCAUUGGAAAUUCGUGAAGAGGUUAAUCAACAAUUUGAUAAGAUAAUUCCACGUCAGACAGCUUUAAGACAAUUAACAUCACGGUGUGUACUAACUUCUCGUGGACAUGGUGUUGUGCUCAGGUGGAGAUUAUCAAGAAUUAUGUUCAGGCAUUUGGCUGAUUAUAACAAGUUAUCUGGUGUACAACGUGCAAUUUGGUAGAGAUUAUAUGUACAAUGGUGUUUCAGUUUUUUUGUUAAAAAAAUGUGAAAUAAAUACAACAUAAUUAAUGUAUCAGCUUGUAAAAAAGUAUAAGAAUGUUUUCUUAUUUUAUUAUGUUUAUUAUCUACUAUUAUCAAUUAUGUUUUGUUGCUAUCUUGUUAAAAAUUGGAAUUUCUAAUAAAGUAAGAAUUUCUUUUCUAUAAGGAGCUAAUACUAAAAACACAGUCUCAGACUUAUUGUUAAGAGAUAUGUUUCUAAAAACAUUUCAUGUUAUAAAGAAGACGUUAGCCUAAUAAAAUACUUUAGGAUUAGCGUA